AUGAUUUGGCUUAAUCAAAGACAAAAGUUUGGGGUUGGAUUUACCGCAUGCGGAUUCAUUUGUUUUGUAUUGGGAAUCCUAACAUUUUUUGAUCAUGCUUUACUAGCCCUUGGGAAUAUCUUAUUUGUUACUGGGUUGAUAUUAAUUAUAGGACCACAGAGAACCGUGACAUUUUUCACCAGGCCCACCAAGGUUCGGGGAACUAUUUGUUUUUGUAUGGGGAUACUAUUAAUUCUUAUGAGAAGAACCUUUAUUGGGUUUAUAAUUGAAAGUUUUGGAAUUCUAGGACUUUUUGGAGAUUUUUUUGGAACCAUUAUCCAAUUUUUGAGAUCGAUUCCGUAUAUUGGAGAUGUAUUGAGUAAUCCAAUCAUUGCUCCAACCAUAGAUAGAUUGGCCGGUAUUAAUACUUUACCGGUUUAA